ACAAUAACAACAAUAUCCCAACACUUAGUUUCGCUCGUCCACUGCGUCCACUUUUAACCCCGAAACCAAGUGCUGUAAAAAAUCGUCCAUCGCUGCCAGACUGAGCGUCUAGCCGGAGUCGGAGUACUGUGUGUCCAAAACCGCAAACAUGUUUAAGUGGGUUAUGCCGGCGUCAGCGUUAGCGUCGCACACAAGCGCGACAACAACAGCAACAGCAACAACUAUUGCAACAAGAACAACACCAACGGCAGCAACAACAGCAACAACAAAACGGCAACUACUUUCCAACGCUUUAACAACUUUAAUAAUAAUAGGCACAUUAUUUGUGCAAACAACAAGUGGAUUUAGAUCAAUUGAAACGAAUGGCGUUGGUCGCAAAUUGUUUGGUGGCUAUCGCAUAACCCCAAAACACUGUCGUGCCACCAAAACGCUGCCCAGCUCGGAUCCGCGCUCUAAUGGCCCCACCAUCUGUAUGUUCAAUCACGAAUGCGCGCAGCGGGAUGGUGAGGUGGUAGGCGCUUGUAUGGAUGGCUUCCUAUUCGGUGCCUGCUGUCAGAUACCGCAGACACAUGAGCUGGCCAGCACGCUGAUCAAUGAUGCACAGAACGCUUACUUCCAUCAGCAGCAGCAAAAGCAGCAACAGCAAAAGCAGCAGCAACAGCAACAGGCAGCAGCACAAUCCUCCUAUGAGAGCUAUGGCGAACAGCAACAACAACAGCAACAGCAACAGCAUCAGCAAUUGAGCGACGAUCAAGAGAAUCUGGAUAAGGUCUAUCAGCAGCUGGGCAGCACUGGCCACCAGAAUGAGUUGAGCUACCCGAGCACCAGCUCAACGGCGGCAACCCAAUCGCAUUCGGAAAGCGUCGAGUUUGAGCAGGAAUCGGAGUUGCAAACGAACCAAGAAGUAAUCAACUCCAAUGAACUGAAGCCAACUGAGCAACCACCGGCAAUACAUGUGCACAAGCAUUCCGUGAAGAUUAACACAUUCUCCUCGCCGCCGAACAAUGAUGAUUUUGUGAUGCAGGUGCUGGCCACAUUGCCGCCAGAUCAUGCAGAUGAUGUGAUUACCUUUACCACCGAAGUGCCCAACAAGAUAGCUAGCGGACAUUUGGAACAAAGCAGCUCCGAAUCGAGCUCGUUUGAGGAACCACCUGCCACCAAGGCGCAAACGCAAACGCCAACUACAACACCCAAGCCCAGGCAGCAGCCACAAGUGAAACCUCCAGUGAAAGCUCAGGCGAAGCCUGUGCCGCAGCUUGCAGAGGCAAUGAAGCGUCCAGUGCAGCAGUUGAAACCCAAGCCAAAGCCUGCUCAGCACACCAAUAUGCAUCAUCACAAUCAUCUCAUCUUGGAUGGCGGUGAGUUCACGCACAGUGAUAUCACACAUCCCGGCGCAGAUGCUGAUCUGGUCGAGGAUUUGCAAUUCUCCACUGGCUAUGGUCCACAACCAGUCUAUGUGCAGCCACCAAAGGAACAGCAGCCACAACCUCCAUCGCAUAGCUACAUAUCUUCCAGUAGCAUCAGCAGCAGCAGCAGCACACAGCCCACUGCAUCAGCUGAAGAUAAAUAUGUACUGGUGCCCACCUAUAACAAUGAGAAGCGACCUGCGAUGGCGCAUCCUAAUCCCACUACAGUCUCCUCGAUAACCACACACGUGGACUCAAUUGAGUCCAUUAUACUGCAGCUAAACAAUAGCAAUCAUGGACCCAGCUACAAUGUGGUCAGUCAGCAGCAACAAACGCCAUCCUAUGCUUAUACAGCCCAGGCGGAUCCCACCGAGACAACAGUGCCACCCAGUUAUUAUUCAGAGCAAAACAAGACACCAGAUCAGCAGGAUUACGGCUAUACGACUAGUGGCAGCGAUGAGCCUGGUUACGACAAACUUUCCCCGGUGCAUGAUGACUCUAGUCAGACGGGUGCCGAGCUAGCAACGCCCCAACCUAACUACAAUACUGAAGAUGAGUCUUCGGUGCUGGACGAGCACACAAUGCCCUCCAAUACGUAUAAUGAUGCCAAUGCACCGAAUGCAGCUCACACCUCAGAUUUUAACAAGAUGCCUGUUAUGGGCAUUGCCUAUCCUGUUGACAUGUCAUACAUUGAAUCUGAGUCUGGCCAGGCAGAAAAUGAGGCCGCUGGCUAUGAUCAGCUCAGCAGCAGUUCGCUCGAGGCCAACACUGAGGUCAACUUUGAGAAGAUAACAAAUACGUACACGGAGCCACCACAGCAGCCAUCGUCCACCUAUGUGCGACCCUCAACUCCAAAUCGUCCUGUCGCUUCCUACAUUGGCAUGGUGACCAUGCAGCACUACAAUGAUCCCCUGCCCGCCGAGGUGUCUGUCUCCUCGCAUACAACCAAGGUGCAGGCGGAGCACGAUGAAACUUCCGCUGGCUAUCAGCACAAUCAGAAGCUGCCAUCGGCAAGUCCAGACCCAACACCUAGCUACCUGGCUUUGACGACAACAACACAAGCGCUGCGACCUCAGUACGAUAACGUACCGGAGAGUUCCUCUCUGCGUCCCGUUCUGAUCACAGCCAGUCCCAAGCCACGUCCUAAGCCAACCACAAAAAAACCACCAAGCAAGAAGCCAGUGAGUCAUAAGAAACCAGCUCAGAACGAACAUGCAAACACUAGGAGACCCAUUCAGCAGCCAUCGAGCAGCAGCUACAAUACGGAGGAAUCACCCAUAACGCACAUACAAGUCAAGCAACCUGGUAAUAAUUACAAUCCAGCACCACAGCAAUCUGCCUCCAGCUAUGCUCAAGCUCCCGUAGUUAGUUACGAUCAGCCUGCGGCCUCCAGCACCAGUUAUGAUUCGCCUGCAACUCCCACUUCCAGCUACGAUCAGUCUGCAUCAGUAUCAGCAUCAGUCUAUGAUCAGCCGCCAACUCCUACUUCUAACUACGAACAGGCUGCGACUCCUACAUCCAGCUACGAUCACCCUGCGGUGAGCUAUGAUGAUGCUGCCCAGCCAGCUCAGUACGGUAAGCCCGCCACCGUCAGCUAUGAUGAGCCUGCUCCAGCUCCCGCUCCUGCACCCGCUUAUCAACAACCCAGUCCAUCUGUGCACAACUACAACAAGCAGUCCGCCAGCUCGCCAACACGCAAGCCCGUUUCGUCGAAACCCAUUUCCACCAGCUAUGUAACAGGUCCAACAACGCCCCGACCACCAGCUACUGUGGAUUAUCACUACGACAAGGUGCCGCCGCUAUUUAUGGCCGAUGACAAGCUUGACGCGUUCAUCCAAAGCACUGCUGAGAACAUACUGGGCUCUACGCCAGGCAACUAUCAGCCUCCCUUGUUCGCCACUGCAUCGGCGCCCAUCCACAUACAGCAGCCCAGCACUAGCAACUAUGGUGGCCACAAGAAGCCCGGCUUUGCGGCCAAACCAACAAAGUCCACAGUACUCAUAACGCCUAAGCCAACCACUAUAAAUCUGCCCAGUUCAAGCAACUAUGAUGACAUCAAGCUGGCUGCAACGACCAACUCUUACAUCUAUGCACCGACUGUUACGCGUCGACCACCCACUUUGGUCAGCUCCAAUGACUUUGAGGAUCCGGGCUACUUUGGCAUGCCAGCAGCUGGCGUGGGCAGCAGUCCCGUUCACCUGGCUUUCACACAGUCGACCACGGAAGCAGUAUACGGUGUGCCCUCCGAUGAUAAGCCUGCCUUCCCUGGCUAUUAUGGACCAACGCCCACUUAUCCGGCAUUCUCGGUGCCGGGCGAGAAGGUUGGCCAGCAUAUUGUCGAGGAGACAUACACCUCACCCAAUGAUUUCAACAACUUCCCGCCGGUACGCAAUCCAAAUCUGAACAUGUCCGCCGCAUCGAGCGCUGUGACCAGCGACCUGGAGAUGUCGACACCCGCCUUCGUUGAGGAUAUUGUGCUGAAGGAUAAGAUGCACACGCUGGUACACAAGCUGGUUGCCUCAUUGCAGGGCAACUUCGAGGCACUCGCCGAUAUGAUUGAUGACGCCAACAACACAGCCUCCUCGUACUCAUCAGGCUUGGCGAGCACCACCAAUGUGAACAGGAAAACCACACGCAAACCGGUACGAGUUGCAAGCACUGUCAAGCCCAAGGCAACCACUAAAAGACCAGUCACACGCGUCAGCACCAAGGCGCCCAACAAGAAGACUUCAGUCACCACGACACGCAAACCAGUGGUAAACCGUCGCACCACCGUUCCGCCACGCACCACAACCCGACGUCCCGCCUCCAAGAAGCCAACGAAACGCAUUAGUAGCACACCAAAACCCAUUACGCGUCCCGUCAGCGAUGAUCUGGUGGAUGAGGAGGAUGAGGAGGAUUUCAAUCCCAGUCCGCAUGAGAAUGAAAUUGAUCAGGGAUCCACGCUCAGCUCGUACGGAGGCGCCAAUGGACGCAAGAUACAAUGCGGCGUUCGUCCACAUGUCAAGUCCGGUCGCAUUGUCGGCGGCAAAGGCUCCACAUUCGGCGCCUUUCCCUGGCAGGUCCUGGUGCGCGAGUCCACCUGGUUGGGCCUCUUCACCAAAAAUAAAUGUGGCGGCGUCCUAAUCACUAGUCGUUAUGUCAUCACCGCCGCACAUUGUCAACCUGGUUUCUUGGCAUCUUUGGUCGCUGUCAUGGGUGAGUUUGAUAUCUCUGGUGAUCUGGAGAGCAAACGACCCACAACCAAAAAUGUCAAGCGCGUCAUUGUACAUCGCCAAUAUGAUCCGGCUACCUUCGAGAACGAUCUGGCCCUGCUCGAAAUGGACAGUCCUGUUCAAUUUGAUACGCAUAUAGUACCAAUUUGCAUGCCCAAUGAUCAGGCCGACUUCACCGGGCGCAUGGCAACAGUAACCGGCUGGGGACGUCUCAAGUACGGCGGUGGCGUGCCCUCAGUGCUACAGGAGGUGCAGGUACCAAUUAUUGAGAACAGCGUCUGCCAAGAGAUGUUCCACACCGCUGGACACAACAAGAAGAUACUCGGCUCGUUCCUAUGUGCUGGCUAUGCCAAUGGCCAGAAGGACUCGUGCGAGGGUGAUAGCGGUGGUCCACUGGUGCUGCAGCGCCCUGAUGGCCGAUACGAGUUGGCCGGCACCGUUUCCCAUGGCAUCAAGUGUGCAGCGCCAUAUCUGCCUGGCGUUUAUAUGCGCACGACAUUCUAUAAGCCUUGGCUGCGCAGCAUAACGGGCGUUAAAUAAGCCACGCCCAGUGUCCAGGCCUCACAGCGAACUGUAAAUAGAAGUAGGUUUAAAAAAACUUAAAGCGAAAAGGCAAACAAGUUAAAAACAACUUUUAAAUUAUUGUCUAAAUCGAACGUCGCAUUCACAUACAAAACACUUCAACCUGUCCAUUGCCCUCACUUCCAUUUCCAUUUCCACUUCCAUUUUCAUUAGUUUAAUUGGUAAAUUGCAGCAGCAGCAGCAGCAACGGCAGCAAAAAGCGACACAAAUUGAGCGCAAUUACAGUUUG